GCGAGCUCCCGGAUGCUUCGAGGCUGCGCCGGCGGUGGAAGAUGUGGAUUGAUCCGCAGAAUAAAACAAUAGCGCUUGAGUAGCGAAAUAAAAACCCAGCUCGUCCGCCCGAGGCGUGGCCCCCGCCCCCACCCGAUCGCUGUAAAGCGCUGUGCGAACAAGAAUUUUUUUUUUUUUUGGUUUUUUUUUUUUUGUUUUUAUUUUCUUUUCCCCCGGCCGUGCAGGAUGAGCGCCGUGCCUGAGGAAGUUAAGGCAGAAGAUGGCAAAGCGGAGCCUGAGAAAAAACUCUUUUACUGCGAAGUUUGUAACAUUUACUGUAUGUGCGCUAUAAGUCUUCAGUCACACUACCGUGGUGCAAAGCAUAGGAAGCAAGAGAAAGCCCUGAGACGCAGGACUCUCUAUUGUUCUUCAGCUCUAAUCCAAGUUCCGAUGAAGUACCGAGCGCUCAGACCAGUGAAGAGAUCAUUCACAGGGUACAUCACCUGUCUGAAGGAUUUUAUGAAUGAUCCCAGAAGAGAAGAGCCUCUAAUUGGUUUAGAACAUGUGGUUGAAAUCAGAUUUGAAGGAAGAAGAGAGCCACGUUACGAAUGCAGGCUGUGUGGGUGUAAUUCAGAGGUGGCACCUAUGAUAGAACAUCUUAGUGGAUAUAAACACAGAAGAGAAUACAUUUCCAAAGAAUUUCCAGAUAAAAUGAGGAGAAAACCAACAGAUGUAAGAGAAUGCAAAGUCUCGUUUUUCAGACGGAUAGCAGGAGAACUAGAGAAGAGUGAAGGAUUAAAAAUGUAUCAGAUGGAAGGUUACACAAGACCAGCUACCUCAUCCCCAUUGAAGAAGAAAGCAAGGUGGGAAGAUGAUUAUAAGCAUGAGAACGAUCCUGUUCGGAAACAGAAAGCUCUGGAGUUCUUGGAGAGUUUUCACAUCACCUCAGACUCAGAAGCAACACUUGUUGUUCGCAUUACACAGGAACUCAUGGAGGCUUUGAAGGCCUUUUGUGAAAAGAAAGCAGCAGAUAAUCACACCAACAGUUCAGGCCCACUGAUGUCAGUACCUCAAGAUGAAUUUCCAGAAAUGGAAAGCAUCCCAGAACACUAUGGGCCAGAUGCAGAAUACAAAGGAAGUUCUGACUGGAAUCAAGGUUUUUUGUCUCAGCAUGAAGAAUGUUCUGAAGGUGCUUCUUUUGUUCCUGCUCACUCAAACAGUUACCAAGCAGAUAAUGGAUCAUCCUCCUGCCAUCUGAGAUCCGACAACUUUGCAAGUAUGUCCCUGCUCAGGGACCCUCCUGCUGCUGAGCCUGAUACUCCUGCCAGUGGUGUCAGCGAAUGGCUGAGACAGCUCAGAAACUCCAUGCCGUGCAUGAAUUCGACUGCUGGGGCCACUUCAUACCAGACCAGCCCAGUGAAGGAGUACUCCACAGAAUACAUAUCCAGUGAUGUGCAAGGAAGUGAGCUCUGUGAUAACAGACUCUCAUUUGACAGAGAAAAUACAAAAUGGAGGAAUCAGCAAGUGUGUACCAAAGCGAGGCAUAUAAGUGACCAAGAAUUAUCCUAUCCCAAUUCUUCUGCCUCAUAUACUUCAUCUAGAAGAUUCUUUACAAACUAUACUUCACAAAACUAUUCCUCUUACAAGAAUUAUGAGUCUGUGAAUACUUGUACAUCUUCUGCAAAUUCUGCUGUUUCAGGAAGAGGUGGCUCCAAGUGGCACCAGGACACUAGGUGGACAGAGGGCUAUAGGUGGAACAAGGACUCCAGCUGGAAGCGGGAAUCUAGGUGUCAAGGAUUCAGGUAUCAGAAAUCAGUCUACCAGAGAGACUGGAGUUCACAUCAGGACUCAUUUUCUGGCAGUGGUUCGUACCAAGAUCACCAGCAGUUCAGAAGCUCAGAAGAGAUGUUUGAUGGAGUCGAUGCUGGUCUUGCUCCCAACACUGUGAACAGACUACUAGGAAAGGAUGUACCUAAAAUGACCAGGAUGCUCAAACAGCUGGCUCCAUAUUAUCCAGCACUUCAAAAAGUAAAUAUUAAGACAUUCGUCAAUGUGCUAAUAGAAGCUAGAGAGAAAGAUUAAGGAGCAACAACAGCUGAACUGGAAACAGAUGAAGAGAUUUGAGAAUCUCCAUCACUUGGUAUUCAGGAAAGAGACUGCAUUUAACUCUGUGUUUGACUGGCUUGGGAGAGGUAAAGGGAGGUAGGAUUUAAGUUUUCAACAUGUGAAAAAUAGCUGGAACAUGAACUUGCACAUAAUGGGUGAACAUACUAUUUUGUUUAGGCUUUUUGUAAUGUAUUUGUUAUAUCUUAGUAUAUUUCAGAAAAAAGAUCUUUUGUUAUUUUUUGAAAAUACGUUAAAAUUACUCUGUCAGCAAAAAGCUAAUGAUCCUUUUAAUACCCUUCUCAAUUCAGAAGAGAAAGAAAGGUUUACUUUUAUGCUACCUACAUAGGAAGAAUAUUAAUUGAAAAUACAGGUUUACUUUUUGUCACACAAAUGUAAGGCCAGUUCCAUUAAUAUGGGGCUUUAUAAUUAGCAUAUUUUUAGAAAUUGAUACACUACAUUUCUGUUUAGACAAAGAAAGGAGAAUGUCACAGCAUAGGUAUUCUCUAUCUUAAUGUGAUACUAUAUGAGGAAAAUGUAAUCUGUACUAGAGGACUGGUAUGUAAUGGGGCAUAUCAGUUUCAAUUUGCAGAGUAAUAAAUGGUGUGAAAUAUAUGCAGAUUUUUUUAAUCAUGUUGUUCAAAGUGAAAUAAUUAUAAAUUAUCCUAAAACCUCAUUUGGUGGAUGGACCCAUGCUAAAAUAAAAAUUCUUGAUUCUUUCUACUGGCAAAAGCACAUUAAGAAAUAGUAGAAGCCAUAAGGCAAGCAGAUAAAAUAACAGAAAAAAACCCCAAAAUGUUCUAAUAACUGAGUAGUACUUAACCAGUUCAUGAGAUGUAUCAGGGCCACAUGCUCAUGAAUGCCUGGCUUUAGAUAUCUGCUCUAUGUAAUUAAAACCAGCUUACAUGGAGCUGAAGAAAAGAAAGUAAAGUGAGACAGUUUACUCCUGAGUGUCUGUUUUCCUUUUCACUGCUGCAUUGUGGACUAUCAUUUUUCUUCUCACCCAUGCUGGAACUGUGUCUCUGUGCAUUAAAUACUUGUGCUGAAGUGGGGUUAGUCUUCACAAGCUAUCAUAAAGCAUUUUGGAUCUUGUUAUGUAAAUUAUAAUAAAAACUCAACUUAAAAUAA